GCCAGCUUAAUUUUACACAUAUCUACACAUAAACACAACAAUGGGAAAUUGCAUAGUUCUUCAAGAAAAAGUUGUCAAAGUGAUAAAAACAGAUGGGAAGAUUCUUGAAUACAAAUCUCCCAUCAAAGUCCAUCAAAUUUUAUCACAAUUUCCUAGCCAUGUAAUUUCUAAUUCCCUACAAGUCAUUAAUCAAAAUCUUCUACCAAAUGAUGACAUGCUAAGAGGAAAAAUUUACUAUCUUUUGCCUAUAUUACCUAUACCAAAACCAACCACAAAAAAGAAGGUCAAGUUUGCUGAUGAUCAAUUAUUAGUUGAAGAAAAAGCUAAGCCAAAAAUAGAGGCUCUAAGGAUUAAACUUGUUAUUAGUAAAAAAGAGCUUCAAGCUUUGUUGAUGAGCACUGAAGGAGGAUCAAUUACACUUGAUCACAUCGUGCAACGUCGUGUUAAGGAAGAACAAAUCAUCACAAACAAAAUAAAGAGUUAUGUUAUCGAGGAUUAUAGUACUGAUCAAGGUAAAGGAUGGAAGCCUAUUCUUGAAAAUAUACCCGAAUUUGACAAAUAACCAACCCGCAAUGAAUAGGGAAGGUAUAGUAAUGCUAUGAAU